AUGAUUCGGAACUCGGAUGUGUGCUCAGAGAGGACUUUCGGCAAGACUCCAGGUGCUCGGAGUUAUAAGAUCAGCUUGUGCCAGGCUGAGUACGGGCAGCAGCAAAACAUUCAGGCUGAAAAGGGUCCUCUGCUUGGGAAUGAAGGGGGUGCCACGAACGAAAAACAUCAACAGACAGCGUUCCCUCAGCCGCGCCGACGUUCCGACGACGCCGAACGCUGGCAGUGCACACGUCGCGAAAACAAGCUCCCAGAGAGCGCAUCAACGCCGGAGGGCCUGGACGCGUUCGCAAAAAACACUCGGGCGCAGUGCUUUGGCGAAAAAUACUACACUAGGAACUUGGACACAAAUUGGAACGGCCUUGUUUGA